UCGGGACUGUCAUGGUCUGCAAGCGGGGCUGUACCAUUUAAAUUUAGGUUAUGUUGUUCCAGUAUUUACAAAAAAAUUGAUUGACAUUUGCGGAACCUUCUCCUCUCGCUAAAAAUGAAUCUUUCCGGGAUUUUACCUGCGAGUCAUUAUAGACCUGCUGGCACUCUCAUUGAUUAAUCUCGCGAUAAAGUCAAUCCCAACAUCACAUCCAAGAACAAAUUCAUCAAUGGAAGCCUUCGAAGUGGACUCAAACGCCUCCUUCGACUCUCUCCACCUCUCCUCUGAGGAUUUUAACCCUCCGUCCCCCUGUCCCCAUUCCUCCACUCCGGAAUCCGUCAAAAACUUGCAAGAAUUGGAACAUGAAGCUGAGAAACUUCGUCUCUCUCUCGAGAAUUCGAGAUCAGAGAUCGAUUUAUUGAAAUCUUCCAAUAAUGCACUGAAGCAAAAGGUCGGAGAGCUCUUCCUCGAGGCUCAGGUCUCUUUGGAGGAGAGGCUCAGGCUCCAGAACACCUUGAAAGAUCGUGAAUGCCAAUUGGCGAUGUCCGAGAAUUCCUCAAGGUGGUACCAGGCGCGAUUGCAUGAGUCAGAGGCUGCGAAUAAGACGUUGAAAACGGAUCUCGAGACUUAUCAGAAGAUUCUUCAUCAAAGGGAGCAGACAAUUACUAAUUACACAGAGAGAUGUGAAAAGAAUCAGCAUUUAAAGAUGAAAUUGGAGCAACUGGAGAUAAAAUAUCGAAUCGAGUGUGAAAAUCUUCAGGAGCAGUUGGAUGUGAUGAAAAAUGAAAAUUCGUCGAAGAAUUUGGCAGUUUCGAAUCCCCAGGCUUCGUCGGAAGAUAAAAUAACCCUAGACUUAAGGAAAAAAUUAGCGGAAAUGUCGAGGGACCUUGAAAUAGCGGAGAGGAGGUACUCUAAUGCUGAAACGUCACGAAGUUUAGAGGAAAACACCUCGUUGAGUUACAAAAAACAGCUGGAUAAACUUCGGGAUGAUUUCAGUGCCCUGGAAAUGGUGAAAACAGAAGCAUUCCAGAAACAAAAGGUUUUGAAUGCUCAAUCAGAGGAUCUGAGGAUUGAGAAUGAGAGGUUGAAUCUUAUUUUGUUGGCCUCGAAGAAGGAGAAGAUGGAAGUAGAGGAGGGGAUCGUCCAGCUUAGGCUCCAGCUGACGAGGAUGAUUGCUCAGCACAAGGCUGUGAAAAGUAGAAAUUCGGAGACUGAGAGGAAACUGGGGAAAUUGCGAGAGGUAGAGAAGGAGAAUAAACGGCUUAAGGCAAGAAGUGCAGUGGUUCAUCAUUCAUUGGUGAAAAAGAUCAACGACGAGAAGAGGAGGUGCGAUAUGUUGGAGGGGGUUCUGAGGGAGGAGAGAGCUAAAUCGAUUAUCGAUUAUCAGAAGGGAGAAACAGUCAAUUCAAUGACUAUUUGCCUCCGUCAGGCCUUGAAUCGUGAGAGGGAUCUGAGAGAUCGAUUAAAACUCUUAUCAAAACCUUCAGAUGAAAGUAUUGAUGAAGGAUACGCAGACAGCGCUGGUUUUCCUGACAUUCCUCUUUCUUCACCCUGUCCAAUGAAUCCCGGAUUAAUGAGCUUUGCUGUCAAUGUAUUGAUGAGAAGCCAGAAUUUUAUGGAACCCAUCAGCUCGAGUUUAAACGAACUCGAAAUGAAACUUGAGAGGCUCAGUACAACAACAGAACCAUUGAGGAUUAAAAGUCGAUGAGUAUUUGUGCAGUUCAGUAUUUACAAAUUAAGUAUUGAAUUAAUGACCUAAUUAGGCAUGAGGAACCCCAAGGUGAUGUAUUUAUUAUGGAUCAAGUAUUCUUCUUUUGCAUUUUGUUGAACAUUGAAAUGAUGUCGAUCAUUGAAGGUAUGAGAAGUAUUCUCAGAGAAGAGUUCAACGGCAGUGGAGAUUUCUUUGUAAAUAUUUCAAGUAGGUGAAGAUUUCGAAAGAAUUGAGAGACUUUCUCGUAGAUAAAUUUGGUAGAGUACGAGCAUGGUCUUCUAAUAUCUUUUGUCAAAUAAUUUGCUUCAAAGAUCCUGAAAUCAUUUCCUCUUGCCAUUUUCUGAAAGAUUUAUUUAUCAAUGUCCAAUUUUAAAGGAAAGUGUUACGUAUUCGGUAAUUUAUCUGUUGUAUUUUUUGAGUAUUAGAGUUACUCGAUUCACUUAAAUAAAUUAUUCAGAGAUUAUAUUUA